AAGAUAAUUUAUUGGAAGUUAUUUAUAUAGUUCAUUCAGUUCUCAAAUCAACUUUAUAAAUAUUAAAUAAAUAUAGUUUUCGUGCAUCGAAAUGUUUCACUAAACGCUGCAAGUUUAUGCAGCAACUGGAGGACAGUCAAAGCGGCACUCCAAAGUAGGGAAAAAUGCAAUCUGCAUAUUUGUUUUGCCUCAUAUGUGAUUGCGUUUAUACUGGUAGCUGCAUUAAUUGGAAUUAAUAAGCGAGGUGGAUUUAAUUAUGAAUAUUUGUGCAAUAUAUUGUUUCUACGUCGCGGGAGAAGGGCAGCACCCUUCGAAUUAAUAUUCUUGAAUGUGCUUCGCUAGCACUAUUGUUGAAGCCCAUAAAAAAUUCGUCACACCGGUAGGAGGUCUGAACGCAAGCGCUUAUAGUAAGAGGGAACACAGAGAUAUUUUUGGCAAUAAUACAAAUUUAAUGAGAAUGUCACGUACUAAAUCACGCUUACAAAUUGAAAUAUGUGGCGAUUGUGGAGCAUCAGAUCCUUCGUGGGCUUCAAUAAAUCGCGGUAUUCUACUUUGCGCUGAUUGCUGUUCAGUACAUCGCAGUCUAGGGCGUCACAUAUCCAUGGUAAAAUCCUUACGACAAGGCACCUGGGAGCCAUCAGUUUUAAAUUUUGUGAAUUCGUUGAAUGCGCAUGGGGCAAAUAGCGUUUGGGAGCAUCAUUUACUCGAUAACAAUGCGUCGAAAAGUGAUAAAAGUGUUCCGCGUGUACGUAAACCGAAUCCAAAAGAUCCCUUGCAUCCAACCAAGUCUGAUUUUAUCAAAUCAAAACACGUCAAUCUGGUAUUUGUUUUAAAAUCAAAUCUUCAAGAAGAAGGUGUCAUAUCUGGCAUAAAUUUGGAAAAUGAACUUAGCAGACAAUUGCAUGCCAGUGUACGGACAAGCAAUUUAGAGACAUCUCUUCGCCUACUCGUGCAAGGCGCUAAUCCAAACUUUUUCCAUGACGAAAAACGUUCAACGCCACUUCAUGUUGCUGCCAAAUUUGGACAAGCGUCGCAAAUCGAAUUGCUUAUUGUCAACGGCGCAGAUAUUAAUGCCAUUGAUGGUAAUGGACUCACACCCCUGGAAGUGGCCAAAGCUAAUAAUCAUAAUAUUAUAGCUGAGAGAUUAUUGGAUGCAAUGUAUGAAGUAACAGAUCGGAUUAUAAUGUUUUUGGGUGGCAAAAAACCAGAUCACACGUCAGGUAACCAUUUAGUUAUACCAGAAACGGCUAAUACUGAAAUAAGUGAACAGCUCACCAUUGCACGAAACCGUUUACAAGUUGUGCCAAACAAAAUGUUCGAAGAACUGGUCAUGGAUUUAUACGACGAGGUAGACCGACGUGAAAAUGAAGCAAUUUGGGCAACUUCCACACUCAAUGCUGAGAAUGUAGCUGUGCCAUUCCUACCGGCGAAUCCCUUCUUAAGCGCCACGCGCAAUCAAGGUAGACAAAAGCUUGCACGAUUUUCGCGUAAAGAAUUUGCUGGCUUAUUAACGGAUGUGCUGUGCGAUGCACGUCGUCGACAAAAAAUCGCAAAUUUGCGUCCACUCGACACGCCCAAUUUGAAUUCCUUUUAUCACCCAUCAUUAUUAAAUGAAAACGAACUCGAAUUGUCCGAUGAUGAACCCAUUUACGAUCCAGUGGCAAGUGAUGAUGAUUAUGCGCCGGUGCCGCCGAUUGCACAGCAGGCUAUUGUGCAUCAAACGCCCGACGAGCCACAGCAUGAAGUGCAAACGCUAUUGAGACAGAUAAACGACUACAAAUAUGUGAUUAAUCAGCUGAAAUCGACUGUUGAAAAGCUGUCGUCGGAAAAUUCUGAACUGAAAUCAAAGUUUUCCAACAAUGCACCUGUUGACUGUACGAUAAAUGAGACUGUCGUUCACCAUGAUGCGCUCCGUACCGAACCGUUAAAUGGUGUUGAAAAUGGAAGCGAACCGCUUUCACUACCAGAGGAUGUCGUCAACGCACCCGUAACUAUAGAUUCCAAUUCUUCUAGUUCUUCGUCGGCCAACAGUUCGAACCAAUCGACCAUUAAGCGUCCAGCAAGUAUGUAUGAACGCCGCAUCGCACCCGCUUUGUUUAAACCGAACGUUGAAUGUCGCACCACGACGAGUAUGUAUCAAAUGGCUGCUGAUAAGCCAUUUUCGGAGGAGUUGAAACAUCGCACAGAUUUGGUGACACGUCGCGUGAAGGAGCUGGUGGCCAUCAUGCAAGAUCUACCGACCAACAAAGACGAAUUGGUGCCGUGUGGUGAGCGCGUACGUACUACGGGGAUGGAAUUGAUUUCUAUAUUUUCUACAACGUCAAAUUACAACGAAACCAUUAGGGAAAUGCUUAAGACAUUGACCCGUUAUAACAUUUUGAUACCACAUGAAUGCGAAAAUUUGCAGAAAUCGUAUGCCAUGGAAGAUAAAACGGCAAUUGAGAAGUAUAAUCAUGAAGUGCGUGAAUGCGCCUAUUAUAUUGUUAGCGCAAUGAAAACGCUCGUCAUGCAAUACGAAUGA